AUGAGCGGCUCCUCCACCCAGUCCGGCGGGUCCGGAAGCGCCGGAGCGCAGAGCAACUUGACCUCCUCCCCAUCCUCUACCACCUCCACCUUAUCCGCCGUCUCUGCCGAUACCCUCCGACCACGGCGGACCUCUCCGUCUCGCUCGCCUUCCCCUUCUCCCUCCGCUCCGCCCGGCCGCAAAGCAAGCCAAAAAGACAGUCCUUCACGGCCAUCCCUGCUCUGUCCGCCUGCGACGGUGAUCUCCCCACCUUCACCUCGACCCCUCGCGGCGACCCAACUCUCCCUCCCUCCGCAAUCCAUGUCACCCGCCUCCUCCGCCUCGUCGCUCCCUGGCACGCCCGAUGCUGGGCCGUCGCAUCCUCAGCCAAACCUGGGCCGGAGGGACUCGCUCGCUGUCCCUAUCCCGGCGCUCUCGCCUGGCCGUACUCCCGGCUCAGAGGGAGAGACCUUCUUCUCCGCUUCGCCCUUCUCGUCCCCUGGUCUUCCUAUGCCCUCAUCGCCCCAGGCGUACCCAAAGACUCCAGGUCAUCGGCGGCAUUCGUCUACGCAUAGAGUCAAGGAGACGCCGAAUGGGCAUCAGAGAAGUACGGAGGAUGGGGAGACGAUGAUAAAUGAGUACAAGAUCGGGAAGCCGUUGGGCAAAGGAGGGUUUGCCAAGGUCGAGCUGGCAGUGCAUGUGGGUACGGGGGAAGAAUACGCUAUCAAGGAAUUUUCGCAGUCCCGUUUGCGGACGCAGUCCUUACUUGAAAAGAGAAGGGUGACGAUGAAUCGCAAGCUCCGGGGCAGAGGUCGGGGACGAGGCGGAACGCCCAGUGGGGGCAGACCCAUUCCUGCUCGGAGGUGCAGUAUGAGCGGGAGCGAUGGAAAGAGGGCGAGUAGCGAGCCGGAUGCGAAUGAUCCAUUAGGGCUGAUCAGGCGGGAGAUUGCGGUGAUGAAGAAGCUAGAUCAUCCAAACAUUGUCAAACUGACCGAAGCGAUCUCGGUUCCCAAUGCGGACGCGCUGUACCUCGUGCUGGAAUACAUGCCCGGCGGGGUCCUCAUGCACAUCAAGAUGGGCGAGGAGGCCGGGGAACCGCCGUUCGGGAUCGAGCAAGCCAGGGAGUAUUUCAGGCAAUUAAUCCUGGGGCUCGAGUAUCUGCAUGGGAAUGGCGUGGUCCAUCGCGACAUCAAGCCUGACAACAUUCUCUUGUCCAGAGAUCACACGACUGUCAAGUUGUGCGAUUUUGGCGUGUCGGAGAUGUUUGAAGUGGCCGAUUCGGAUGAUCGGAUCAAGCGGUCUGGAGGAAGUCCGGCGUUCCUCAGUCCUGAAAGCUUCACUUCGCAUGCCCAUGAAGUGCAUGGCAAGCUUGUCGAUAUUUGGGCAUUGGGUGUCACCCUUUACUGCAUGUUUACGGGAGUCUUGCCCUUCAACACCGAGAAUCCCAUCGAACUGUUCGACAAGGUGCGGCAUGAAGAACCGACCAUCCCGGAUGAAUGGCCCGGCGACCAGCAAGAUCUUAUCAGGCAGAUGCUGCGCAAAGAGCCUUCAUUCCGGAUACACAUGUUCCUGCUGAGAGAACACCCCUGGGUGACGGAAGACGGCGCAAACCCGAUGAUUUCGCGCGAAGACAACAUGACGCACGUCGGAAAGAUUGUCGAGGAGCCCACAGAGCAAGAAAUCAGCGCUGCUAUCCGAGUCAAGGGCGCUUUCACCGUCAUUCGCGCUGUGCAAAAGCUCAAACGUAUGGCCGGUAUAUCGACAAGUCCCAAACCCUCUCCGCCCAUCCGGAACUCCACUCUCGACAGUAUCACGUCAGGUACCAGAACCGGCACGACCGGCUCGAUGGACAGCUACGUCUCCGAGAUGCCCACGGAGGACACGUCGAUGGAGGACGAGGAGCAACGGGGU